AUAAUUGACAUUCUGCAGAAGAAGAACCUGGUUGGAUCCACUUGGGGCCCUUCCAUGCAGCAGCACUGAAAUGCGGUGGUGGGAAGGGCCACAACAGCAAGAUGGGAAUCGCAGCUUCUUGAAACGGGGUUUUUAGCAAUCUUCCUAUGUCCUUUGUGGACUCUUUCCAGGUUGGCCAAGAAUACACCUCCUUCCUUCAUUGUCAUCUGGGCCUAUCGCUGGCUUAUUUUCAGGAUCAUGCUUGGAGCGGGAAUGAUUAAAAUUCGAGGGGAUCGCUGCUGGAGAGACUUGACCUGCAUGAAUUAUCAUUACGAGACCCAGCCUGUUCCCAAUCCUGUGGCCUAUUUCAUGCACCGGUCGCCAUGGUGGUUCCAUGCAUUCGAGACCCUCUUUAAUCAUUUCAUUGAGCUGAUAGUGCCUUCCUUUGUCUUCUUUGGGCGGCGCAUGUGCAUGGUCCAUGGAAUUCUACAGAUCCUCUUCCAGGUGCUGCUCAUCAUAAGUGGGAACCUGAGCUUCCUAAAUUGGUUAACCAUCGUGCCCAGCAUAGCAUGUUUUGAUGAUGCCUCCUUGGGAAUCUUCUUUGGCUCCAGCAAAGGGUCUCUGAAGGCCCACAUCCUGAAGAUACAAGCUGAAGAGGCAGCAGGAAAAGUUGGCCCUUUACAAUAUGGCAGCUACAUCCGCAAAGCUGUGGACGUGUCCUUGGGGGCGCUGGUUAUCUUCCUCAGCAUUCCAGUGGUUCUCAAUCUGAUUAGCUCCCAGCAAAUCAUGAAUACCUCCUACAGCCCUCUCAGAAUCGUCAACACAUACGGAGCGUUUGGAAGCAUAACCAAAGAGAGAACCGAAGUUAUAAUUCAAGGGACAUCCAGCUCGGACGCCAAUGACCCUGCUGCAGUUUGGGAAGAAUAUGAAUUCAAGUGUAAACCAGGGAAUCUGCAGAGGCGGCCCUGCCUGAUCAGCCCCUACCAUUAUCGUCUGGAUUGGCUCAUGUGGUUUGCUGCGUUCCAGACCUACGAGCAGAAUGAAUGGAUACUCCACUUAGCCGGAAAGCUCUUGGCCAAUGAGGAGGAAAUUUUGUCUCUUCUGGCCUUCAACCCAUUUGAGGGCAAGGCACCACCCAAGUGGGUCCGGGGAGAACACUUCAGGUACAAGUUCAGCAGGCCAGGAGGGCAGCAUGCCCAGCAGCAGAAAUGGUGGAUCCGGAAGAGGGUUGGGCCCUAUUUCCCGCCAGUCAACCUUAAAGGACUAAAGAAGUUUUUCAAGGCUCGAAACUGGCCUGACCCAAAGCAGAGUUGAGCAAACACGAUUGGAGAUCCAAAUUACCGCCUGCUUUGUCACUGGCCAUCCUUCCAAUUGUGUACAUUCUCUUUCUUGACGAUAAUUUAUAUCAGGGAAACAUACCAGCCUGCCCUAAAGUCCACCAGGCCAGGGAUAAAAACGUUGGGACUUCUUUUCUGCAUCUAGGAGGUUGGGGGCGUAGAGGCUGAAAUGGAUGCUCAGGAUGCUCUCUUUAUAAAAAAUGAAAACUAUGUCGAUACGGAGUAUGUUUUAGCAUUUAUUACUCUCUUGAUUAGUCUAAUAGAAGGGACCUUUCCAAAGACCAGGCAGGUGUGGACGCUCAAAAUGCAAGCCUAAAGUGUAAAAAGGUGCUAAGUGACCCAUCUACUUUAAGAAAAGCAUCCGCUGAUUUCUGCCUAAGUCUGUUUAAAGAGCUCAGUGAUCCUUUUAAGUGCCUUCAUACCCUUCAUGCAAAGUCCAGAUACAAAUUAAAACUGUAAAAAUGCAAAAAGGGUAAAACCUGAUUACAUUUCAUGGGAACACACAAAGGUCUGAGUUGAGAUGUUGCUCAACUCAGGAGUUUUGGCCAGGCUAAUUUGCACAGAGUGACAAAAGCAGCUAAAUACAGUGACUUUAAUUUCAUUUUAGGUCCUUGGGCUCCACCUAGUGGUGAUUUGGAUACUAUGACAUUAGCAUCAGUAGGACAGUAGCUAGGAGGGUGAGGAUAUAUUUCUUCCCAGGCUCCUUUUUUCCUCCUCCUCCUCCUCCUCCUCCUCCCCCCCCCCCCGCUGGCACCCUUCCCCUUUCUCAAGCACAGGCUCUGAGGAAGCAAGGCAGCUCCUACCAAAGUCCUGAAUCGAUCCCUUGCAAAAGACGUCUGAAAUACAGUUGAGGGCUGCUGGUUGACCCAUUAGUGCUUGGUUUGUGGGUAAGUUUUGCCCACUGGGGAUUUUUUAGUAUUUUUAUUUGGUAUGUGCUUAUAUCUGAACACAGUACAAGGCCGAUUCUUGGGAAACUUAAGAGAAACCAAGCUUUUUUUAUCCACAUGAUCCUGCUUUGUUCCUCGUCCAAGAACAGGCAGCAUUGAAACACAUCUUUAUCGACCAGAGUUCAAAUGCACAGAAAAUGCCUUUUUAAAAAACCCUCUGUGUUUCAUUUACUGUCAACCAGUGGUCAAAAUUAGAAGGAACUUGUCCAAAGGACUGUGUAAGUUCUGCCUAUUAUGGAUUUUUAAGUUUAACAGGAUAUCUGGUUCUCAUUGCAAAGGGACUGAUAGAGCACAAGGACCAACCCCACUUAAAAUCUUCAUAUCCAGAAAAAUCCCUAUUUCACAGAACAAAUGGAACAUUCUUCUCUAUUAAUAUGUCCCUCUGAUUAAUAUACCUUAAACUUUAUUAAACUGAAAUAAAUUAGAAGCCCAGCUCUAUGA